AUGGGGGCAAAAGAGACCCCCCACACUCCCCUACUCGUGGUGUGUGGCCUUCCUGCCGAUGAGUGCGAUGCGUGCGCUUACUUCCGCCCUUUCGCCGCUCAUUGGACUACCUCGGAGAGGCUCGACCUCCAUGUGAGUUUUGCACACAUAACUAAAGAGAAGGGGGAUGAUGUCCCUGUUACCGAGCCUGAUGUUGUGGUCGUGCCUGACGCCAAUCUCUGGCCUGCUUCUUCAAUGCAAGUUCCUCAUCCGUGGAAGUGCUUAACCCGUCAGUAAGUUACACAAUGACACCAAACUGCUUCCAUGAAACAACAAAUCUUCAUCCCUCCAAACCAAAAGAAUAAAAACCCAAAAGACCAAAACCCAUAUACAAUUUUUCCCUUUCACAAUCGAAACAACAACAAAAAUUAUAAAUCCUUCCAAAGUUUCCUUCUAAAAAAAGAAGGAAAAACAAACUUUAUAUGAGAUUUACAGAUUACUCUAAGGGUCAUGCCAAGCUGCCUGCCAAGCAAGCGUUUCUCAUCCCUCCAUCCUAACUUGUUGCACCCAUGGAUGAAUACGCCUUCAUCAAAAUCGUUGAGCAACAAGGACCAACAUUUUCGCCAUGAAUUACCAGAGAUGAUCUGAAAUCUGAAUCCUCUAUUCUCAGAAGCCUAACAUUAACAUCUUGAACAUGAAGACUUAUACCAAUCCAACGACGAGUCAGUUUCCAGAGGGCUCCUCCCAACACAAAACCCUGGUGUUCUAGG